AUGUUCGAUCAGCCCGCGACGUCCAACCCACUCCCGACCAAUUAUUCAACGACCAGUCGCGCCCUUAAGAGUACAGCCCCUUCAUCCCGGAAUCAGACCCGUCCGGGAACACCUCGAGACGACACGGAGACGUUUCCUCUUCCCUUGAUCGAUGUCGACGACCAUAUCGACUUAGAUGUAGACGUGGAUACGUAUGAAUGGCGGGAAGAUCGUACGCGAGACCGGCUGCAUCACCCGUCGUCGACUCGACCGGGGAGCGCGAGCGGUAGUCUCGAUGGCAAUAUCAACGUAAACGUCGAAGAGAGAUCGGGGUUGGAUGGGAUGGCCAGUCUGGCGGAGAGAGCAAAGGGGGUCAGCUAUCUUGGUCUCUCGUCCGGCGCGACAUUCCUCAAUGCCAUUCGCCGACUAUCACGGGUCCAGCUCAACAACACGACGUCUGCCCCGACCGAGAACGUGAUGGUCGACGAUUCGUUAGCGAGGGUUGAGCGCCAGAUACAAGGUUUCGACCGCACAGCAGCUUCUUCAACCAGACUCGCCAAUCCUAGUAGUAGUGGUCAGCGAGAAAAGUAUCUACAGCUACCGCCCCAUGCGGAAAUCCUGCCACUCGUCGAUUCGUACUUUCGCCACUUUCACCACCUCACGCCAAUCGUACAUGAGCCGACGAUUCGGGCGCAAGUAUGGGGUGCGAUCCCCGUUCCGGACACCGCCGGGUCUCGCUUACUGCUAUACAUGGUGUUCGCCAUGGGUGCAUUCGAUCUCGCCAGAUCGCCCUCGGAUCCGGACGGCAGAAAGUACUAUGAGAUCGCGAGGCAGGCGAUGAGCAGCGAGCUACUGGAGCAGGGAUCUUUGCAGCUCGUGCAGGGGAUCGGUGUCAUGGCCAACUAUCUUCAGAGGAGCAAUCGGCCGAACAUGGGAUUCAUCUAUCUAGGCCUCGCCAUACGUAUGGCCACCGCGCUGGGCCUACACAUACCGCCCUCAGGGUUGAAGCAAACGAUCCUGCAACACGAAACUAGAAAGCGAGUAUGGGCGUGCUUGAUCGCUUGUGAGGCGGGGUGCUCGGUGACUUUCGGUCGGCCAUUCGGUUUGGGCACGUCACACUUGAUCCCGAUGGCACUGCCUCUGAACAUCAACGAUGAGCAGAUCACGGUGACGUCGGAGGAUAUGCCGCCUGAAUCCUCGGAGAUCACCCUAUACACUUCGCUCAUCGCGCAAGCUCACAUGGCCAAGACGACCAGCUCGAUCCACGAUUCCAUUCUGUGUGCUCAUCCAGCGCCAUCGCUCAAACGGAUCCAGCGCUAUGAUGCCAGCAUACUCGAGGCGUUCCACGAAUUGCCAGUAGCCUUCCAGCACCCAGACCCGAACAGCGCUUGGUAUCACGCUUGUUCGAUCACGUUGUGGCGAAUUCGAGACUUUCGUGCCAUCCUCUACCGGCCGGUGCUGCUAGCUGCGGCUUGGGACGCUAGACGACAGAAACAGCUGUCUUCCGGUGUCAAAGAAGCCAUCAAUAUAUGUCGCACUUUGGCGCUUGAAAAUCUGAACGAGAUUGGGUACUGUAUGCGGAACGACGAAUCUCGACAACGCGGGCUGGAAUGGUACACACUGUUCUUCGCCUUUCAGAGCGCAUUGACACUCCUAUUAUCGGUGGUGUGGGAACCCCGCCACGCGGAAUCGCUGCUAUGGCGGGAUGUUCUGCUCAACACCGCUCAGGCAUUCAGAAACUUGCGCAGCGUCCAAGCACUUGGCAACGCUUGUGCCGGAAUCAUCGAAAGUAUCGUCGAGUCAGCGCCACCUCACCCCGGUCCAAGCAGUGUCGACAGCGGGCAGACAUCCCUAAACUUUACCGAUGAUACUUUUAAUCAGUCUGGAAGCAUACUCGAUGUAGAUAGGUAUUGGUGA